ACCUCGAUGCUGAAGUGCAUUUUUACAGCUAUCUUAAUUAAUAAUAAUACAUGUAAAUAUACUCCUUAUUUAUUUUUUUGAAUAAUAAGAUUUUUAAUUUAUAAAGUCCUUUUUUAACAUUUUAACAUUAAUUUAAUGUUCAGAUCAACAGCAAGUGAUCAUGACUUCAAUUGAAAAAAUCAUCAUCCGGUUCUAUGCUGCAAACACUUUCAUGUUUAACGACACAGAAGAAAAGUACUAUCUAAUCAAUGAGAAAGACAAAGUGUUAUCAAACAUAAGAGUUGCUCUCAAAAAUGAACUAUCUGUUGAUAUGUCAGAGGCUCAAAUAAAAAAUAAAUAUCGAAGUCUCAGAGAUGUUUUUGUCAAGGCUAAUAAAUUGAUCGAGUUAAAGAAAGAUCUUGCAUUUUUCCAAAAAUGUAUAUAUCAGAGGAUGUUUUUUCUAAGACCAUACAUAUGUUCAAACAAAAAAAACAACUCAUUCAAACUAUGAAGUGGCUAAUAGCAUAAGAGUAAAUGAAACAGCAACCGAAGCUUUCAACAAACAAGUACAAGAAUACUGAAAAAAUACAAAAACAUUAAUGUCUAAUGAACAUGUACGCGUUUUAAAUGAAAUGAUCAAAGAUACUUCAAAUAUGCGUCAAAAAAGAUUGAAGUUUUGUAUAAUUUUAAGAUCUAUAAGGAGUUUUAAAGAAAGUUUACAGUCAGUCAGCCAUAGUAUAAAAAAUAAAAUGAUUGUAAAUUUUCUAACAAAAAAAUUGAAGUCUUGUACAAUCA